GGGGCGGCGCGGCGCCGAGCCGAGCGGAGCCGAGCCGAGCCUCCUCCCGAGCUGUUCUUCCCCGGCCGGACGGAGAGCGGCACUGUGUCCCCGCGGCGCACGCUCCGCCGGAGCCUCCCCCUCUCCCCAGCCGCCGCCGCGCAGCUCCACAGUCCCUGCGGCCGCCGCCGGCGGAAGCGAGCGAGUCGAGCGGCGGGAGCCUGUUAUGUUGCUCUGGGGGCCGGGCAUAGGUCACAGCAAAGCAGCGGAGCUAUGUGGAGUCUGCACUGGGGACAGCCCAGGAAGUGUGAGAGCUCUGCCUCCUGGAAGAUCUCCCCUCGAAGCUGAGUUUGGCAUGGGCAUGGGUAACCCUUACUUCAGCACGCUUGAGCAGGGCUGUGAGCUGUAUGGGAGGCUACCAAAGAACAUAGGAGGGAAGGUGUGAAAGGAUCCGAUAUCUCUAAGCUCUCCUCGGGCUGGAAAGGCAUUUUGCAGAUACUCUUACUAAUUUAUGAAAGACAAACCAAACAAAAAAACUCAAGCAACAACCCUCUCCACCUAAACAAGGAAAACAACUGCUUGUUGAUUUUUCUAGCUUGUCAGGCUGUGUAUCUGCAUGCUCCAUAAUCCCAAGGCCGCUUGGGUUUUUUUGCCACAUCCCAAGCUUUGACCUUCAGCACACAGCAAAGGGAAGGUUUUCUUUCCCUAAUUCCCCACGUGAUGGAACGAAUCUUUUCUUGACCAGCACGGAUAUAUAGACCUUUUCAAGAUGGUUAAGAACUGUGGUGAAGAGCCAAGUGGAAUGACAAGAGGGAGCAUCCACUUCUGCUGACGGCUAAUUUGUAUGUUUGAAAGUAUGGUUUCCUGACAGAAGAGUGCAUUAUAUUUUUUAACAGCAGAUCUUUAUUAAAUGUGCCAUCGGUGGUUUUGGAAAGAUGAGAAGGGACCCACUGCGGGGCAACUCUGUGAAGCUGAAAAUGGAAUUAUAAAUACAUUCUUAGAACCAGUUUAUGAAACAAUUGGUUUUCCUUUCACUGGAAAGGAAAGUUGAACGUUCUUAGUAAGAUGCUGGGAUUGAGACUUGAGAUCUUGGUCCAUCCUCUUCCUGUGCCAGGUCUGCUAUUUCUGUUAUGCGUAUACCAGUUACAAGAGGUUUUUUGUGAUUUCUGAGCUUGGUGCUGUCAGCCUCAUGUGAACGAACUAAAACGAAAAGCAAGCUGAUUUUUAGAAAACAAAAUGCCACGGAGAAGGAAAACUGGUGGGAGUCCUUCUCGGAAGAAUGGCAAUUCUGACAGAACUGCUGUUGCUGUAUCCCAAGGGGACCCAAGCCGCUCAAUGUCACAAGCAGUGCAUAGUGUCAAUAAGGAAGAGCUCUUCAACAGCAUGUCAGAGAUGUUUUCUGACCUAGAUCCUAGUGUGGUUUAUAUGGUUCUGUCUGAAUGUGAUUUUAAAGUAGAAAACACUAUGGAUUAUCUGCUAGAGCUCUCCACCCACGCCAAAGGAGUAGCAUCUUCAAAAACCUUGGGUUUUGAUUCAGUAGCAUCAUCACUAGCUCUUGCUAAUCAGCAAAGAUCUGCUGCAAAUGGAAGAAUGAGGGAAAGUACUGCAGAACAAAGUAAUUCUGAAGAAGAAAAAGAAAAGGCCCUAUCACCUGAUGUGCAGCUGACUGAAGAGCUGGAUUCCUUAAUAGAAAAUGCCUUUCAGAGAUACAGCUUGAGUGAUGAAUUGCCUAAUUCUGCAAAUGACCAAAUAGUACCCAAGCACUCUGUGGAACAUGAUGGCUUUAAUGAAUUUCCUGAGCGGGAAAAAUCUGAUUCAGGCUGCAAUGUCCUACUUUUUCCACAGCAAGCAGGAACAAAUGAUGAGGUUUUAGAAAACUGCUGCUGUUCUCAGCCACCAGUGAGUCAGCUGAGCUUCCAGACAAGCUCACCAGCUGCAUCAGACACUUUUGCACAGAUACUAGAAGAUUCUGAUUUGUCUGAAAUGCAUGUUCAACAUGAUGUAGCUUCAGAAGUUUAUAAACAAUUGAAUGGAGAAAUAUCAUGUGGAAAUUCUGAUCACACACAAGAUACUGGUUUGGAUCAAAAAAAUGUGACUGCUGUUUCUGGUGAGUCCUCCCAAAGACCUCUGGAACUUGGAGUAGCUGUCACUGGAAAUCCUAAUUCAAGGUGCCUGGAACAGCACAAAGAGGCAGUGGCUGCCUUUAACAGCCACCAGAGCACUUCUCUUCCAGAGGUGUAUGUCUCUCUUGAAACAUCCAGUUUCAAAACACCAAAACCUGCAGAUUUGCAGCAAACUCAGCAGGGUUAUAACUUAAAUUUUUCUACGCCAUCAUGUCAGCCUCAACAACACUGGAAUCUCAUGGCUCCUGUGUUUUAUCCAUCCAGUGGAAGUCACAGCUUUGUAACUCCUGUGGCUGUCAGUCCAGGGCAGUGGAGACCUGUUUCAGACUAUAGGACUUUGGAAAAAGGACUUUUUUUUCCCUCUCCAGUGGUUUUAAAUGCCUGGGAUAGCAACCCUUCUCUGAAGGUAUGGGGAAAUCAAGAUAGAAACUCAAAAUUGAACCUCUCGCAAGCACAGCAGCCACCUGUUUGUCACAUGAUGAGAAAAAAGAUGCACCUUAUAGGUCAAGUACUUGUUCUUCUCAGAGGUGUUCCAGGAUCAGGAAAAUCAUAUUUGGCAAGGACUUUGCUUGAGGAUAACCCAGGUGGAAUCAUUCUUAGUACUGAUGAUUACUUUUAUAAACAUGGACAAUACCAUUAUGAUGCCGAUUGCUUAGGGGAAGCACAUGACUGGAACAGGAAACGAGCCAAAGAAGCAUUUGAAAUGAGAAUCUCUCCUAUAAUAAUAGACAACACAAACAUACAAGCAUGGGAGAUGAAGCCUUACGUUGCUUUGGCCCAGCAGUUCAAAUACAAAGUCAUGUUCCGAGAACCAGACACUUGGUGGAAGUUUAAACCAAAAGAACUUGAAAGGCGAAACAUUCAUGGUGUAUCUAAAGAAAAGAUCAAAAGAAUGUUGGAACGGUAUGAACACUGCCUUACUGUUAGUUCAAUAUUGGAUUCUUCAGUCCCAGACAAAUCAGAAGCUGCUGGCUGGAUUGAAGAUCCUUGUCAGGAGAAAAGUCAUAGAAAGAGAGAGGCACAUUGUGAUGUAAAGGAAGAAAAACCUUUUGCUUCUGAUGUGGAGCCUCUUGAAUUAGCUGAAGAUGAUAAAUCUUUUCCCAGUACUUCUCUAACAUUAGAAAGUAACUGUGAUCCUGAACGUUUUCAGAAAGAGGAAAAAGAAAUGGAACAUAACUCAGUGGAACACAAUUCUGAGAACAGCACGGUUCAAGAUGACUUGAAUGUUUAUUUAUCAGAUUGUGUAGUAAAAGAACUGCCCUUGGAGAAGAAAGAAGAAAAGGGAGAAAAAAUAGAAGAAAAUACUGGAACAGAAAUGGAUGAGGUUGAUGUGACCACAACUGAAGAGACUCUGUGCUUGCAUACAGGAGGAGUUGAGGAACACAGUGAUAACAACAUUCUCAAAGUUCAAAGUGAAGUUGAACAAUCUGGCGAAAUAUGUAUGGAACCAAAGUCAACACAAAGUAGUACUGUAGUGGAACCAAGCAGUUCAGCUUUUGACAUGUCAGGAAAACCAGAACUACUAAACUUUCUGGGUGACUGGCCUGUAGAACAAACAAUGGGACAGAGAGUCAAAAGAGCUAGAAGACUAGAAAAAUCUUCUCUGAAAAGCGAUAAGGAAGGUAAAACUCCCAGUCGGCAGCAUUCUGAGUUAGGUAAAGAGCAAGUGGGCCUGCCUGGGACCUGUACUGUUGAAAAAGGACAUGAGGAAGAAAAUCUAGCCUCUAGCUGUUCCUCUGUUAGUUCAGAUAAGGUUACACUGGAAUUGCAAAUGAUAGGACAUUGGCCUGCCUCAGGCUCAUUAGAACAGAGACAACAAAGGUCAAGGAGAACGAGAAAGACAAGUCUAAAUCAGUCCGAUGAAGGUAGAAAUACUGAAGGUGACAUUAAUAGAAGUGCUCUUGAGACUGUCGAUGUGCUUCGUGGGACACCUGUUAACACUGCAGAGCAACCGGACGCAAAGAGUUGGCAUAUGCACCAACCUGAAACAGUAGCUAGUGAAGCAGUAGGUGAGAAAAAACCCCAGCAAAAUAAGAGAACGAGGAAACAUCACAAAUUAGCCCUCACUUUUACAAACAACAAUUUGCCCCAUCCCAAAGAAGAGGAACACUUCUCUAUGCUUAACUCAGCAGAAGAGAAACAGGACAUAUACUCAUGUAGACAAAAAAGUAACCAUUCACAGACUGAGUCACAGGACUUUGCUCUCCUGUGGAGAUUAGAAAAGAAAAUGCUUUUUCCUGAGACUACCAAAGUAUUGCAUGGCAGACUAGAUGGCUUCAAACCCAAAGACGUAGAUAAUGUCUCAGAGUCUCAGGAAAAAAUACCAUAUCGAGUUACAUAUGAUAAAAGUACAUUUGUGGAAGAGAGUGAACUUACCAAUAUUGAUGAGUCUGAAAAGCUAAAUAUGCUAUGUAAGCUCUUUGAGUCUGUUUCAUUUGAAGCUCUGAAAGAUCUGUAUGAAAGAUGUAACAAAGACAUAGACUGGGCCACAGGUCUGCUGUUAGACUCUGAUGAAAAGUUAUGCAAAGAUGUUGAUACUGAAUGCUUUCAAGUAAGAGAAGCUGAGCCAGUUGUUGCAGACCUUAAUUUCAAGGCAAGUACAAACUACGGUGAGAAUCUCAAAGACUGCAAACAAAUGCCACAAAUAAUUGGAACUGGUGAUAUCUCUGAGCCUUCAGAAGACAAAACCUCAUCACUCAGCACUGCAGAAAGUAGGGCUACCGAGGCAACUGUGACAGAUGCUGAUGUGUCUGACUCAUUGACUGCUGCCUCACUGAAUGAUUUGGCGGAACUGAAAAAUUCUGGAGAUGCAGCCCCUAGAACUGACGCAGGCAGCUCAGCAGCAAGUAUAGAGCUGUCCAUUUCGGGAAAGCAGAAAGUAGAGUCUGAGAGUCCUGCUGAAGAAACUAUAAAUAAGCCAUCAGUCUCACAACUUGAUGCAGGUUUCUGUAUACCCAUGACUUUGCCUCAUGGUCCUAACACAACUUCUACCAAUUUUAAAUUUGAAUUAAAUAACGAAAGUGACAGUAACCCUUCAGAAAGCAAUGCAGAGAAUUCCAAAGUGACUGCUUUAUUACUAGAAAUGGAUCAUGCACCUCUGGUUGACCCUAGGAGUCAUAAAGAGCUAGAGAUAGAUAAAGAAACCCAGGGGAGUUCCAGGGAGACACGUGGUAAAGAAGAAAUCGAAACUCCCAGCAGGCAUGAAGCUAAAGUCAAGAUACAAAGCCCUAUACCAGCAUCACGUGCAGCCUUCAAUAUAGAUUGCCUAGAACUAACAUUACCUCCUGAACUGGCGCUCCAAUUGAAAGAAAUAUUUGGGCCUGUUGGCAUUGAUGCAGGAUCACUAACUGUUGAGGAUUGUGUGGUUCAUAUUGAUCUGAAUUUGGCAAAAGUGAUUCAUGAAAAAUGGAAAGAAUCUAUUCUGAAGCGUCAGAGGAGAGAUGAAUCACGUAAGUUGUCUGCAGAAGGUCCUACUGUGAUUCAGCAAAUAGACACAGAUGACUCAGAAAUGCUGUUAUCUCACAAUGCAGACAGUAAAAUCCAGAAGAAGAAAAUGAGCUGUGUUUCAGGCUCAUCUAAUGAGAUACAGACUAGAAAACCAGCAACAUCAGACGUUUUUCCUUUUAUGGAUCACUGGAAUGCUCAGAUUCAGAAAGUUUCUCUAAGACAAAUAAUUUCAGAAGAAAUAGCUAUGCAGGAGAAACAGGAUCUGAAUCGUGUUCCUUCUAUGGUUAGAAAAGACUGUGCCGCUAAACUAAAGGAGAAGCAACUUUUUGAGAUGUUUCCAACUAUGAAUCAAAAUUUCUUAAUGGAUGUCUUCAAGGACAACAACUACUCUUUAGAACAAACCGAACAGUUUCUGAACUGUGUUCUGGAGGCAGAUCCUGUAAAAACAGUUAUAGCUCAAGACAAUGUUCAGCAAAAUGAAAUUGUUUCUUCCUACAGUGCUGCAAAGAACCGGGAGAAGAAGCUUCAACAUUGCAAAUUCCUACAGGCAAAAAAAAGUAAGGAAGAGGAUGAUCCUUUGAGUGAAAAAUUUCAAGAAUUUGAGUAUCCACAAUAUGAUGACUUAAGAGCAGAAGCUUUUUGUCACCAGCAAAAGAGACAGGAAUGUUUGAAAAAGGCUGGGGAGGCCUAUCGCAUGGGUAUGAAGCCUGUGGCAGCAUUUUAUGCACAUCAGGGUCGUCUUCAUGAGCAGAAGAUGAAAGAAGCCAACCAUGCUGCUGCUGUGCAAAUCUUUGAGAAAGUAAAUACUUCCUUGCUGCCUAUGAAUGUGUUGGAUCUGCAUGGUCUCCAUGUGGAUGAAGCUGUGAAUCAGUUGUCCAGAGUGCUGCAGGAAAAAAGUGAAGCGUACCAGCAGACUGGUGGUAAACCAUAUCUCUGUGUUAUCACGGGAAGAGGAAGCCAUAGUCAGGGAGGAGUUGCUCGCAUCAGACCAGCAGCUAUCAGAUACCUCACAAGCCACAACUUCAGGUUCACAGAAAUAAAACCAGGCUGCCUGAAAGUCAUGCUGAAUUGAAGGGUUGUUGAGAAGAGAAGAGGAAUAUAGAAACUGAAGUGUCAGAUUACAGCUUAAAACAUUUUGAACAACUGCAAUAGUAUUUUGUAAUCUGUUUUAAAGGACGAUAUUUUAUUAGAAAUGGUCUCAAUUUACAGCGAGUGGUUUUGUCAGUAUGUUUCCAAGAAAAUUUUUGUGUGGAAUGGAUCCUUUUUUGAACCUGCAAAAAGAAGACACAGGAUAUGAAGUCUCAGAAAUGCAGAUUAAGAAUUCUGCUGAGCAGUAUAUGAUGUUUUAAAGGGAAGUAAAGGUACAAUUUUUAAGUACAUCUGUCUUCUCAGCAUACUCUAUGUCUUUUGACCCUCACACAUUUUAAUUGCUGUGGAUUCUCUGCUUUUAAAACAUAGUACCUUCUAUGAAGUUAUUCUGUGAUUCAGAACUUUGUGCUAAACCCUUCAGAAGAGCACAGGGGAGGUGGGAACUCAGCAACUACUGGUAUUUCAAAUUCAGUUACAGCUAAGUGCUAAGUAUUUCUAGGUUUCUUCAAAAGUCUGAUGUAGUCUUUUUUUAGUGGUUAUUUUGUGAUGAGUUGACCAGUUCUAUUGUCCUUAUUCCAUUCUGAACUUCUCCUGAUAUUGAUGGAAGUUGCAUAUAAAGGACUGUGCAUUAAGACCAGCUGUGUGUUUGCUAAUUUUGCAGACUUAACUGUGAUCUAUUAAAGGGCAAAAUACAAUGCUGUAGUUCAAUCUCUACUUACACAUAGCUAAUACUGUAAUUUUGCAGGAAAUGCCCUUUUUUCAACAUCUACUGGAUUAAAAGUGUUUCUUCCUUUAUGGCUUUUUAAAUGGAGCAAAUUGAGUACUGUUUCACUUUACAGGUGUCUAAUAGUGACGUGUCUUCAUUCUGUGUGUAUUAAAUUUGGUGAUUUCCUUGUAGAAAAUGAUUGUCUGUGAGACAUUUCAAAUGGAUUUUUAACAUCAAAGUGAAUGCUAAUAUGGCAGUAGUAAUAGCCUAACUGGAAAAUCUGGGAGUACAAAAGUUAUUCUGUUGUUGGUGGUGUUGCAUCAGUAUCUAGAAAUACUUGUAUAAAAAAACAAAACCAACCCCCCCCCCCAAAGUCCCAAACAAAACCCCUCCAAAAUUAAAUAUAAACAUCUGUACUUUGGCAAGUGUUUCCAGUAAGCAAUCAGAACAUUUUUUUAAUAGAAGUAUCUUGUAGAAUGCUUUACUACUUUUAAUUAUGUCUUUGGCUCUUGAAAGGCAUACAAAUUUUUUACUACAAACCAUUUAAUAUUUGUUCUAAGUUUUUUUCAGAACAGGUGUGAGUUGUGUAUGAGGAAUAAUAUUAAUAGGUUAAGGAUAAAUGGGAGGGGGUUUUAAUUUUAAGCCUCUUUUGCAGUAAAUUUUAUCCAGGAACUACAUGCACAUAGAAUUUGUUUAUGAAUCCAUGUGUGUGUGCAUGUUCUGCCAUUUGUGUGCAUGGGUAGUAAUAAGCAAGGAACUCUGAGAAAAGCUGUGCACAGAAAUAGGUUUCACUUGAAAAUGUGUCUGUAUAAGUUGCUGACAAACUGAAAGACAUGAUGGUUCCUGAAUACCCAUAUUUACUGUAAUAUAUACACAGUGAAUGCAAUGUAUGGUAGACUUAAAAAUUAGUUUGUCAUGCUUCAACAGACACAAUAAUCUUUUCAUGGUGAUUUCAAGUGGAAGAAUAGCUUGAAUAAUAUUUAAUCAAAGGGACUCAUACUGGAAUAAUAGACUGUCAUAACAGGUUUUAUAUUUUUUGUGGGUACUUAGUUCAUCUGAAUUGUGUCCCUUCUCUUUUUCUUUCUCUCUGGGCUGCUCUGGUAACCAGUGGGUGAAAUACAAAACAUCUGUGCUCCCCAAACGGCACUAGCAUAGCUGUUUCUGCCACUGCACGAUGUCCUGUGUGGUGAAGCCCACACUCCAUCCUCUAUGACAGUGCGUAAAAUGGACUGAGAUGUCAUUUAGGCACUUGGACCCUAGACAGCAGUUUAGACUAUCAGCUGUCCAGGGUUGCAGAUGCUAGAAUGCCUCAGCGGAGCUAGGAUCUUUCUUUUGAACCAAGGAACUUCGUUCUACUCCUGAACAGGUUUUACUUAGUACUACUGUUUAUAACGAAUGGAGAUGCAGCUCUGUGGGGUAGCUCUUUAAAGCGUAGUCGCUGCUGGUUGGCCUGGGUGGCUGAGUUACCCAGCAAAGGUCCCAGUGUAUGCUCAGAAGUGUUGUGUGUUGAGCUGCUGAGUGCCCAAGCCCUACAGCAAUGUGCUUGUAAACAGGGAAGUGCCAACACUUCUGGUUGUUUUGGGAGGGGGCCUGGUUCACUCAGCAUGUUCAUACCAUUCCUGACAUGGACAAAGACAGCUUAGAUUUCAGUCAAAAGAUGAGCAGAAAAAGUUGUUGUCUUGCCCAUCUGUUCAUCAUAAUCUAGUUGUUGACAAGUUUAUCCUGGAGAUGAGAAACACAGCUUUUUACCUUCUUCUGGCCUAGCAAGGGGACAACGAUUGUGCUUGACUCACGCUUCCCCAGAAAAUGCUCUAACCAGUGUUCUCUUGAACAGGGGUAUUCUUGAAGUUGCCACUUCCUGAGCCUCUUUCAAAAUCGCCACUGCAAGCUAAAAAUGCAAGAUCAAGGGGACAAAAGAGAUUAAGGAAUAAAAAAUGCAUGAACAGUCUCUGGAAGAGGGCUAAGACUCUUCAGAAAAUAAGCUGUUCCCACUGAGCUUCAAUGUCGCUCCAUACUAUUUUUUCAUCUCUUAGUCCUAUUUGGAUAAAUGCAUAAAAAAUGCUUAGGGUAAUACCUCAGCUCCACCCCUUAUUAGGCGAGUUUGUUUUCUCCACUCUGUCAAAGUCAGCAGAGGAAUACAUAGCUUAAGAGCAAUUUGGAGUACUUCUCUCUCUUCCCCUCUCUCUGUUGCCCCUUUGGGUACAGGUUGAAGUUCACUAAGGUACUCUGAAUACCCUAUCUGGUUAGAGGUUGAUCAUUUACCUGGUAUAAAUUGUUUGAUUACAGGCUGAACUUUGAUGGAAGACGAUGGGUUAAAAACUUAACACAGGCAGAACCCACCUUGCCUUUAUUGAAGUUAGUGACAGAGGCGCUAUCAGCUUCAGCAGCUUGGGGUGAGGCAGUGCAGUUCCAACUCGGAGAAAAUAUGAUGAGCUCAGCCUUUUUCUUCCAUAGGAGCUUAAGCAUGUGCUUAGAAGCUGUGCUGAGGUGGAUACAGAAUGGAGCAGAAGAUCAGUGCACAGAGAGAAAGAAAGAAAGUAGACUUCUAUUAGUAAGGAUCUCCAUGCCUUCAGCUACUUGCCAAACAGUCCAGAAAAAAACCACUGGACUUCUUGUAUUUCUUUGACUGUUUUUAUAAUGUAUAGUGGGAUGAAUUAUAUCAAAAAUAAUUGUUUCAAAAUGGUGUCACAUUUUAGAACCUCCAGAUUUUCUGAUGUCUUGUGCAGUUACAUCAGUGAGAAUUCUGAGGUAUUGUGUAAAUUCUGUAUCAUCGUAUACUUUUAAUUAAAGUAGCAUUUAGCAGUAUUGCCACCAGCACUCUGAAAUAACGUGCAACUUAAAAUACCUAUUUUGUGUACCACUUUUUAUUCUAUUCUUCAACAGCAUGUGGUUGUGAUGACUGGUAGCCUUUAAUAUGUGACUUUUGGUUUCUUUUUUACAAAACAUUUUAACAUUUAUCCCAAUUUUUAAUUUAGGAAACUUUAUCCUUUUUUUAAUACAAAAUUUAAUGCUCAUGCUAGCAUAGAUGAGUAAUCUUACAGUAAAGAAAAAAAAAAGGCCCAGAGGUGCAAUGAAGAAAGUUGUUCUCCGAAGUAAUGUGUUUAAAAAUAUAUUUCAGUUGAUUAUGAAAGUAGUAGGGCAAAAGUGAUUUAAAAAAAAAUAUUUCAAGAUACCUUCAUAAUACUUCAAUGACUUUGGCUUUUGCAUUUAAUAGUAUGUGGUACAAUUUUAUUGAAACUUAAUGUUUUUAUAGGCCUAUUGAAGGACACCUCAGGCAAAGUUUAACUGGCAUUUUUUUGUGGCUGUUGGAAACCAUUGUGACUUGGGAAUCCCCAUUUAAACAAUAUCCAGAUGCUCUAGUCAUAACCUAGAACAUCACUAGAACUAGAACAUCUGGAACAUCACUGUUGUGAAUAUGUACAGUGUCAGAGAAGAUCUUUGCGUGCUUACUAGAACAUGUAUUCUAGAAGGUUUUACUUGAGGAGGUGAAAUGUAAGCAAUUUGUUACUUAAUCUUGCCACAAAAUAUGGUGAGUAGACAAGAGAAUAAUUGUUGAUAAUGGCAAAGAAGGAUCAUCAUAAAUGUAAUAUGAGAAAUUAUACAUAGACUUUAUGUUACUGAUGCUUAUGUCUUCAAAUGCAAUUCACAUUUCCAGAAUAAUACUGCCCUCUUUGCAGAGCUGAGGAGAUGAUAGAGUAUGAACAUAGGAACACUGUAACAAAGAAGAGUUCAUUGACUUACCACAAUUCCCAAGUAUCAUGUUCUCUUAAAAAAACCCAAACAAAACCAACGCAAAACCCAACCAAAGCCCAACUGUUCAUGCUAUUUCAGCUAAAUAAACUGUGCAGAGGAUUAAUGACUUGUAUGUGAAUAUGCAUGUGAAAAGACCUAGUGUUGCAGCUACCAGUUGUAAAAGCUGUUAGGACCAGUACAUUGGAAGAUAGCAAUGUCUGUUUUUAAAUUAAAAUAAAAAAUGAUUUUUUUAUUUGUAUAAAGUUGUAAUUUUGCUGUUAACUAUAACUUUCAUUUUUUACUGAAAUACAAUUUUGUAAUUUGCAUUUAGAAUUUCUAAUGUGAAAAGGAAUUUACAAAAUCUAGUUUAAUAAAGGAUUUUUGCCACAA